GGUCACAUGAGAGGCAGUAGGAAGUUGUUUGUGGAUCCGGAGCGGUGGCAGUAGCGGCUUUGCAUCGGUCUCGGGUUGUGUCUGGUUCCCGCCGCUCUCAUUAUGCGUUGGCCGCUGCUGUGCGGUGCGGUCGCCGUCGUCGUCCUGCUGUGCUGGAGCGGGAGGCUGUGCGCGGCGGGAGAGACAGGGGAUUGCAGCACUUUUAAGGACUGUACUAAUUGUACUUACUCGAGCCAUGCCAACUUGACCUGCGUGUGGAUGGUCUGUGGAGAUGAAGAAAAUUGUAUCAACUCAACAGGGGCCAUAACAAAAAAUUGCACAUUGUGGAAUGAGACUAUGUGUGAAGCCUCUGGAAAUACAACUGCAAUGCCUUUAACUACCAGUUCUUCACACACUUCCGCUACAGCCCCUGCAAAUACAACUGCAGUUUCAACUCCUGCUUCAUCUACCAAUUCUUCAAACUCUUCUACUUCAGCUACUUUCGCUCCGCUUAGCACUAUGGCUACCAUGGCGCCCAAUACAAGCAGCCUUACUACAGCAGGUACAACUAAUGGGACAACUCCAGUGCCACCCCUGCCACAUAAGAAAUCUACUUUUGAUGCAGCAAGUUUCAUUGGAGGAAUUGUACUUGUGCUUGGAUUGCAAGCUGUAAUCUUUUUCGCUGUGAAGUUCUGCAAAACCAAGGAUAGGAACUACCACACGCUCUAAGCACCUCACUGUUGGACCACACUGUCUCAGCUAAUGCUUGCAUUGCUGGUCUACUGUAUGUUAAGUUUCAGGAGAUAACACACCACUGUUUAGAAUUAGCCAUAUCUUAAUGGUGUAUAUGGUAUAACUUUUUUAAAUUUGGUUUUGACUUGCCAUUAUUUGUUCAACAGGUCUGUAACCUUUAAUUGAUCCAAACUUCAUUUAGUACUGGGCACAUGGAUUUAUUUGGGGGAGGGAAAACAGCCAUGCCUUAAAUAAAUGUGGCCUUAUUUCUGCUAACGUUUUGUCCUUGGAACAUGGGUGUACUUCAGACAAACUAGAGUUCUGUAUUCACAAGUAUUUUCUCUUUAGAUUUUUCAGUGUUAAAAAGGUUAAUUUGCAAUCUAGAGCUGCCAACUGGGCUGAUAGCUGUAGUACAGUAUGUAAAUGAUUUUUAGUGAAUGUUCCAAAUUGAAUUUGCGUAUGUUGUUGGAUCCAGAUUAUGGCCAUUUUUAGUUUACAUUGUCCAAAAUACACUCCCACUUUCGAUACAGUGUAUGUGAUUGUGGUUGUAUGCCAUGCACGAAUGGGUUGUAAAUUAGAAAGCAUGUUAUCCAUUUUUUUAUUUGAAACUCUAUUGGUGAUUUGGCGCUUUCAUUUGGUUCCAGUAUUCUGCCUGGCCAUUGGCUUGUGUGAAAUACUGCAUGCUAUAGUACUUUGACGGUUUUUGCUGUUUUGAUAGUAUCUACGUUCUAUUGAUUUGUGUAAAGUGGAAGAAAAGGGCAGAUUAUAUGCAGAAGAAUUUUAUUUUCUCUUGAGUAGUUGUCGCUGAAGUUGGUAGCUCUUGCAGUGACCUUAAUGUGAAGAAUUUAACAUCUUAGCUUGAAAUUGUUCUGUUGAUGGGUGAAGAUUGGAAGACAAUCAUUUCAGAUUAAAUUUCUAAAUCUUGAAGUGGAGUAUGAUAUUGCUGUUUAGUUCUGGGGUUGGUUAAGUGCUUUGAUACCUUGUAAAUGAUUUGAUCAGUUAUGUACAAUAACUUCACAGUAAUUACUAUCAGGUUGGAGCAGUGUGCUCUUGUACAUCUUGAAAAUGAAAGCAAUUGAAAUGUGAAUAGUAACCAGGAAACUUGCUGCAUUUGGGGUGAAAUUGGUGGUGUACAAAAUUAUUGGCCUGAGACAGAUGAUUUGAAUAUGGACAAACUGAUUACCCAGAUUUUUCAUUUGGUGACCCGUGAGAAUUUUCUUUCUGAAAUUCUGGUCCACCUGACCCUCCCCUCCUCUCCUCCUUUGUAUACACAAAGGUAACUUAUCAUAAAUUUACAAAGCAGCGUCAAAAGCUACCGGAAAAUCAUGCCCCACCUGCAUCACUUUGAAGUGGGUGCAUAGUGACUGGUUCCCGGAAUCAAAAAUUGACAAUCUGACGUUCUGAGAACACCACAAAUUCUACUCCCCCCACCCCCCAAACCUCCCUGUUGCUGAUGAUAAGCUACAUAGAAAUGACACUUGCUGCCUGUUUAAUGUAGCUGGUGUGCUGCUCAAUUGGCCGCCAAUAUUUGAGUAACCAGAGUACUACUUGAAUGCUUCAGACAAGCAGCGGUAGCCAAAUUAUGCUUUUAAAUGGCAGUUUGUUUCUGUGACUUAUGGAAUAUUAAAAUCUGCUUUAAAAAAAUGUUCUUGUAAUAUCCAAGCUAAUGCCCCUCCCAAGUGUUCUAACUUGUUUGUAAUGCAUUACCUUUGUCUCAUUACUCCAUUUGCAUCUAUUUUGUUUGUCAUCUGAAACCAAAGGGACUGUGUCAAUUUGUUCUUGGUGCAUGUAAUCUAUGCAUGCCUUUGCAUUAAAUUGACCAAGCUUUAGUUUAGCUGCUGUGUAUAUGUGUACUUGGGCAAUGUACUUGGAUAUAACGAGACUAAAUUGCAUUCAGCUGUGAGGGGCCUUGUUGGCGAUCUGUUUUUCAGCUGCUUUAAUUUAUUGCACUGAAUUGUUCACUGCACCCACACAAUUAUUUAUAGUUGUAGCUGCAGAUUGUAUUAGUGUCCUCUAGUUUCAGGUACUCUAGAUUUGCACUACACCUUGGCUGUGCAAUUGAGAAUUGAAUUCAGGUUAAAGUGCCUUAAAGGAUACCUUGCAAGCCAUUGACUUGAAGUAUGGCCAAAAAUGUAAUUGGAGGGCAGGGGGAGAUGAGGAGAGGAUGUUAAUUUUAUGUUUUGGAAGUGCUUUGUUCAGAACUCUGCUGCCUUCACUUGCCAAAGUGUGAUGUAAUAUGUAAAAGCUGAAGCUUUUUUGGAUGCCUGCUUUACCUGUAACAUUGUGAAGUGUUUUUACACCCCACAAUAUCUCAUCGAGAACAAUGUGUAAUCAUACCAAUCAAUAAAUUUCAUGUUUUACUUGUU